AUGCAUCCCACCUCACUCGUGAUAACAUCCAGCUUAAUUACUAUCUUCUUCCUCCUAACAUUCCCCGUACUUACAACCCUAGCACCCCGCCCCCCAGAGCCCACCUGGGCCCUCUCCCAUGUGAAAACAGCAGUAAAGCUGGCCUUCUUUACAAGCCUCCUUCCUCUUGCCCUAUUCCUUAACGAAGGUGCAGAAACUGUUAUUACUAACUGGUCCUGGAUAAACACCCUAACAUUUGACAUUAAUAUCAGCCUAAAGUUUGAUCUUUACUCCGUCAUCUUUACCCCCGUUGCCCUAUACGUUACUUGAUCUAUUCUUGAAUUUGCAUCUUGAUAUAUGCACACCGACCCAUACAUAAACCGUUUCUUCAAAUACCUGUUGAUCUUUCUCAUUGCCAUAAUUAUUUUAGUGACAGCCAAUAAUAUAUUUCAAUUUUUUAUCGGCUGAGAAGGUGUGGGUAUCAUGUCCUUUCUUCUUAUCGGCUGAUGAUACGGCCGAGCAGACGCAAACACCGCCGCUCUUCAAGCAGUCCUCUAUAACCGAGUUGGAGAUGUAGGCCUAAUUUUUGCCAUAGCUUGAAUGGCCACAAACUUCAAUUCUUGGGAAAUCCAACAAAUAUUCAUUACUGCUAAUAAUUUUGAUCUCACUUUUCCCCUAUUGGGGUUAAUUAUUGCCGCCACUGGUAAAUCGGCCCAGUUUGGACUUCAUCCUUGGCUUCCCUCUGCCAUAGAGGGUCCUACACCGGUCUCUGCCCUACUGCAUUCCAGCACCAUAGUCGUGGCAGGCAUUUUUUUACUCAUUCGAUUAAGCCCUUUAAUAGAGAAUAACCAGUUAGCCCUUACCACCUGCCUAUGUCUAGGCGCCCUCACCACCCUUUUUACCGCCACUUGUGCCCUCACCCAGAAUGAUAUCAAAAAAAUCGUUGCAUUUUCUACAUCAAGCCAGCUGGGCCUAAUGAUAGUGACAAUCGGACUAAACCAACCCCAACUUGCCUUCCUCCAUAUCUGCACCCACGCAUUCUUUAAAGCCAUAUUAUUCUUAUGCUCCGGCUCAAUUAUCCAUAGCCUAAACGACGAACAAGAUAUUCGAAAAAUGGGGGGAAUACACCAUUUAACCCCCUUCACCUCCUCAUGCCUCACCAUCGGAAGCCUGGCCUUAACCGGCACCCCCUUCCUAGCAGGCUUCUUCUCUAAAGACGCAAUUAUCGAAGCACUUAACACAUCACACCUAAACGCCUGAGCCCUUGCCCUAACCCUCCUGGCCACCUCCUUCACUGCAAUUUACAGCCUCCGCGUUGUAUUCUUCGUAUCCAUAGGACACCCUCGAUUUAAUUCACUCUCCCCUAUCAAUGAAAAUAACCCAGCAGUAAUUAACCCAAUUAAACGACUUGCCUGAGGCAGCAUCAUCGCCGGACUCAUUAUUACUUCCAAUAUUACGCCUAUAAAAACACCCGUGAUAUCCAUACCCCCCUUACUUAAACUAGCAGCCCUUAUCGUGACAAUCCUCGGCCUCCUAGUUGCCUUUGAACUAGCCUCCCUUACAACCAAACAACACCAACAUGCCCCCCGCUUAGCCCCUCAUCACUUCUCCAAUAUACUAGGCUUUUUCCCAGGGGUUUUCCACCGCCUCAUGCCUAAACUUAACUUAAUCCUUGGCCAAGCAAUUGCCAGCCAACUGAUUGACCAAACCUGACUUGAAAAAACAGGCCCUAAGGCAGUAGCCUCCCUCAAUACCCCCUUAGCUUCCACAACAAGCAACAUUCAACAGGGCAUAAUCAAGACAUACCUCGCCCUCUUUCUCCUCACCCUUGCCCUUGUAACACUCCUACUUACCUCUUAA